AUGACUGCGAACUCCGUGGACGGUACGCGCGAGCCGUCGAAUCUCAAUGCCAACGGCGGAGUCAAGACGCACCAGGAGGAAAUGGCUUCUCAGCAGGACAACAGCUGGAGCGCAAUUCAGGAGCAGGAGUAUCUAGCUGCCUCAUCCAAUACCGCAUCAUCUCCAACCGCAGCGAAGAAGAAGAAGAGCCGCACUGGUUACUGGAAAGAGAAGAAAGCAGCAAGGAAACUAGCUCAAGCUGCAGCUGAUGGUGAGAUGAACGACCACGGCGGCGUCUCUACUUCACCGAAUGUCGAAAAGGCCUCGACCCAGCUUGACAGUGAGAACAUUGAUCCUAAUGCCAACAACGGUCAGGGCAGCGAGGUGCCAGCCCCCGAAGCACUAAAUAAACUGAAUACCAAGCCGAAGAAGGGGAAGAAAUCCAAAGGCUCUCCUUUGACCACACCGCCGCAGGACAUGUGGCCAUCCGCACCAAACCAAAACGAGGGUUCCGGAGAUGACGGAUGGGGCGACAACACGACACAUGCUGGCUGGGAUUAUUACGGUGGAGAUGAACCUCUUCCAGAGGAGGUCAACCCCAAAAGGGCAAGGGCAAAGAAGAAAGCAGUGAAGGCGAAGGUAGCAGGUGAACCUGCAACUGAAAUAGAUGCCUCUGGACUGCUCAGCUCAAGGGCCGGUAACGCUGGGACUCCUGCAGAUCGGGCGAACCUAGUAGAAGAUGGAACAACUUCAACAGCCCAGCCAAAGGUGCCGAAAAAAGCUGUAAAGAAGAAGAAAGUUAAGGCGGACAAACACGCUGCUCAGGAACAAGAACAGGAGACCCCGAAUACGCACGAUGGUGCACAAGGGGGUGAAACUACCGGAAACGAAACCCAACUUCCAACAUCAACUGCAGCUGACGCCACCAAUGGCCGUACUGACGGACCUCCCCCAGCUGGGCCGAAUGGAAUUCUCCGCAGCCUCAAGGAAGUUUUCAGUAGUGCUAACGGUAGUGCUGAUACCCCUACACCUGAUUCAUCAAACAGCAAAGACUCAAAGCCAAAACAAAUGAAAAUCCAAAUGGACCUAGAUGUUGAACUUGCGUCCGUCUUGAAGGCAAAGGUUAAGGGGGAGAUGAUGAUUACUUUUAUGUGA